UCAGUGCAAGAAUAACAGUUAUAACUUAAACAUGGAAGUUUUAUCUUUUCUUCCUGUAACUCAUUUAAGGAAUACAGGAGAACAUAAAAAUGAUGAAAGAGUAAUUAGCAAUGAAUCCCAAUUUAAUUCUGAUUUAAUUUCAAAUUCUGAUUCCCAAGGUUAUGAAUCAGGCUCUGAUUCCCAAGGUAAUGAAUCAGGCUCUGAUUCCCAACUUCCUGAGUCCCAAAUUGAAACUAAUACCUCACAACCAGAUGUAGGAGAAGAUGAAACCGAUCAUCCCCGUGAUGAACAAGGUGGUGAAGAUGUUGUUGGUUCCAGGCUUCAAGAUUAUGUUGAUAUGCCACCACAAAGUCCAAUACAGUACAGUCGAACACAGAACGACCGAACGCUUCCAAAUUAUGCUAGUUUUUCUCAUGUAAAAGAAUAUGAUGGACCAGUACACAUCCAGUAUGCAUCAAAUCCAGCAAGAUUCAAUACCUUCAAUGAUUGGCCUAUUGGUCUCAAUCAAAAACCUGGUGCUAUGGCAAAAGCUGGAUUUUUUUACACAGGGUGCUCUGAUAAAGUCACGUGUUUCUAUUGCAAUGGUGGGCUCUGUGGCUGGGAACCUCAAGAUGACCCAAUGGAAGAACAUAUCAAGUCCUUCCCUUGUUGUCAGUUUAUUGAACUGACAAAGAAAGAAAAUGUUUCUAUGUACAAAAAGGAAAGACAGCAGUUAGAAAUUAAACAAGAAACAGAACAAGAAAAGGCCGUAUCAGACAAGACAAGAAAGGUCUCUGAAUCAUCAGAUGAUUUAGAAAAUUCUGCUCUCAUUUGUAAAGUAUGUUUAGAUAAACAGGUUUCUAUCCUCCUGCUCCCAUGCAGGCAUCUGGUCAGCUGUGGAGAGUGUACAGUUUCCCUCAAGAACUGCCCAGUGUGCAGAGGAAGAAUUCAGCAUACUGUCAAAGCCUUCUUGAUCUAGCUGACAAUGGUCAAUUUAAAUGUGAACCGGACCGACCCCUUGUACCGGUCAUAAUGACGCGGGGAAAUUACUGUCCAAACCAUGGGUACACACAUAUACAUUUUAACUCCUGUUCCCAUAGACACAUAUACAUUUUUACUCCUGUUCAUUUAGACACAUAUACAUUUUUAACUGAA